CUGAGAGCAACAUGCAGAUUAACCCCCGCGGCCACCAACACAGGACACCUCCACUGUUGUAGUGAUGCAUUCUCACCACACCACCUCUGGGACGUUCAGCUGUGAGUGAACAAGGAUUAACGACCAUGAGCGCCAACACUGUUUUCAGGUCGGACACAGACUCUGAGCACAAUGGCGAGCUGGCCGACUUGGUGGCAGCCAUUAAUGUGACCGCCAACCGCAUAACUCCGCCUAACGGCUACAGGUCCAGUAAUCCGAGGGCCAUGAAACUCUCAGACAGGAAGCUGUCACUGCAGGAGAGGGGAAGCCGCAUGGCCCGACAGCCCACCAUCGAGACCAAACGUGUGUCCAUCACGGAUGCUGAUGAUUGUGUCCAGCUCAACCAGUAUAAGUUGAAGAAAGAGAUUGGAAAGGGUUCAUACGGAGUGGUAAAAUUAGCUUAUAAUGAAGAUUCUGAGCGGUACUACGCAAUGAAAGUUGUGUCAAAGAAGAGACUGAUGAGGCAGUGUGGAUUUUUGCGCCGCGUGCCUCCUCAAGGAUCAAACUCUGUGUUUCCUCUGGAAAAAGUGUACAAGGAGAUCGCCAUCCUGAAGAAACUGCACCAUCAUAAUGUUGUAAAACUAGUGGAGGUGCUUGAUGAUCCUGAUGAAGAUGGACUUCACAUGGCUUUCGAAUUGAUGACAAAAGGCCCGGUGAUGGAGGUGCCUACAGAUGACCCUUUCACAGAGGAGCAGGCUCGCUUUUACUUCAUAGACGUUGUCUUGGGAAUAGAGUACUUGCACUACCACAAGAUCAUCCACAGGGACAUCAAACCCUCCAACCUGCUGCUGGGGGACGACGGUCACGUCAAGAUCGCAGACUUUGGUGUGAGCAACGAGUUUGAGGGGUCGGACGCCCUCCUGUCGACCACAGCGGGGACGCCAGCCUUCAUGGCCCCUGAGAUGAUGACUGAACACGAGCAGAGCUUCAGCGGGAAGGCAUUAGACGUGUGGGCGAUGGGAGUCACACUCUACUGUUUUGUCUUUGGGAAGUGUCCUUUUUAUGAUGAAUACAUCGUCUCUCUGCACAACAAGAUCAAGAACAAGCAUGUGGAGUUUCCAGAAAUACCAUCGAUAAGUAAUGAACUGAAGGACCUAAUUGAAAGAAUGCUGGAUAAAAACCCCGAAACAAGAAUCACCAUCCCUGAAAUUAAGCUUCAUGCGUGGGUGACAGAGAACGGCUCCAAUCCUCUUCCUCUGGAGGAGGAGCACUGCACAGCGGUGGAGGUCACUGAGGAGGAGGUGCAGAACAGCGUUAAACUCAUCCCCAGCCUUUCGACUGUGAUUCUGGUGAAGUCUAUGCUGAGGAAGCGGUCUUUUGGUAAUCCCUUUGAGUGUCAGGGCAGACGUGCAGAGAGGUCCAUGUCUGCCCCCGGAGGUCUUCUUACUGGCUCUUGGGGCUUAUUGGGGUCAUCGCCUCAGCUUCAUCCUUCCUUGAGGAAAAUCAGCAACGAGGGGAGCAGAGAGGGAGAGCUGGAGAACUUGUACGAAGAUGAUACAUUUAUAGAAAGUACAGAUUAAAUGAACAUGCACAGAUUACAUAAGAGGACACU